AUGGAACCGCUGGUUACUUUAACUGUAUCGUCAAAUUUGCCUGGCAAUAAAUCGCAAAAUCUGGAGACAUUUAUUGACAACACGAACGUUAUCGUUUCACUGAAUAAUCAUCACAAAACUAUUGCCAUAUCACAAUCGCAAGCAGCAGAAGCAGCGAAAUUCAAUGGAAUCGGUGAAAUCGCAGUGAAAUCGCAAGCAGAAGUGAAAUUCGAUGGUCCUCGUAGCGUUUCAAUUCUUUCGAAACAGAACUUCUUUCGUGGUGAUAUUCGUGGAAAAGCUGCUUGGUCACGGCGGGUCAGUAGAGGGAAAUUGAAUUUAAUUGGUCUUAUUAUACAACACGUGCUGGCGAGUGCAUUUCAAGAGUACCACACACGAACUUGUAUACGUUUUACGCCUCGAAUCGUGUUUGAUUACGACUAUUUGUAUAUUGGCAAAAUUGACGGGUGCUAUUCGGACGUUGGCCGUGCGGGUGGUCGGCAAGAAGUAUCGUUAGACAACGGAUGUCUGCAGUACAGCACAGCAAUUCAUGAGCUGAUGCACGCAAUUGGAUUCUUUCAUGAACACGAACGAUGGGAUCGUGAUAAUUUCAUCGCGAUUCUUUGGAGCAAUAUUGAUCAAGGCGAGAGAACAUAUGAGAAUAAUUUCGCGAUGGUUCAAGCUAGUGUCCUCUGGAAGCGGCAGUGUACACUUUCAGGUGCUUAUGAUCAGUUCAGUAAGGUUGAUUUAACAGACAGUUCUUAUUAUGGACAACCGUAUGACUAUUAUUCAAUCAUGCACUACGAUAGUUUGGCAUUCAGUAAAAAUGGGCAUGAAACACUUAUUGCAAGAAGUCCUGGAAUGACAUCAAUAAUGGGCUCAGCAGUGGACUUUUCUGCAAGUGAUGUGGCUAAAAUCAACGCAAUGUAUUCUUGUUCAACAGCAGCAACAAAACGAACCUAUUUCUACAACAACUAUGUGUUUCCGCAAACGAAUCGACUUAUCAAUGUAUUUCGUCAUCACUUGUCAAAACUAUCCAAGUCGCUAUCAUCCAUAUUAACAGUUCCAUUCAACAGUCCAAAAGACGAUACACUUUUGAUCCUUCCUAAUGAAUCACAAAAGAAAUAA